CCUUUCGCCUACUUUUUCUUUCACACUGACAACCGACAUUUGUGUUGACGGACGCCGAGCCACGAGGAUCCAGGGAAUCUAAAUACAGUUGGUGAUCCUGUGUCAUUUGGAAGGGACGCCUGGAAAAAUGUUGAGUACCUUGGCUCGUUUUGCCCGACCUGCUCUGCAGAGAUGCACCUCUUCCGUGGCCUGUCAGACUGUGAUGUUAAGUCGUAGAACAGACAGAUUUUCACAUCCACUACCUGCUUAUCAAACAUUCGUGCAGCUUCGCAAACAGCAGACUUUGGGUUCGGCCUCCCUCUCUGUGGCCAACCAGUCCGUGAGGCAUGCCCGGGCACUGGAUGAAGAGCGGCUGGUGGAGGUUGAGUGGGAAGAUGGAGGGCAGAGCCUGUAUCCCUUCACGUGGCUGAGAGACAACUGCCAGUGCUCACUCUGUACACUGCAAUCAGCUCAGGCCCGUAAACUGCUGAUGUCCGAUCUGGACAUCCACACAGGCAUUACUAUUGUGGAGGUUACCAAUAAUAAGAAGUUGUCCAUUGUGUGGCCUGACCAGCACACGAGUGUGUUUGAUGCAGAGUGGCUAAAGAAACGCAGCUUCUCACAUGAGGCCAGACAAGCCAUGCAAGAAGAGCUUUUCCUCAAUGAGCGCUACUAUUGGAACACAAAACUGCGUAUUCCCACAGCCAACUACGUGGACGUCCUCCUUGAUGACAAGGCCGCACUGGCAUGGCUAGUGGCACUGAGGCGUGUUGGCAUCGUUUACCUGAAGGGGGCUCCGGCAGAGCAAGGCCACGUGGCCAGGCUCGCCGAGCGGAUCGGUUAUGUUAGACUGACGUUCUAUGGGCAUACAUGGCAGGUUGUAGACAAGAACAUGGCAAACAAUGUGGCCUAUACUUCAGGAAAUCUCAGCCUCCACACAGACUACCCGGCAUUACACUUUGCACCUGGAGUGCAGUUCCUUCACUGCAUCGGCCAGGCAGAAGAGGGCGGAGACAGCGAGGUGGUUGACGGCUUCCACGCGGCUGAGCAGCUGCGCGCAGAAGACCCCGAGGCCUUCCGCACGCUCACCUCGCUCGUGGUGGACUUCACCGACACGGGGACCGACUACUGCGACUUCAUGCUGCAGUCCAAGAAGAGCAUCAUCGACCUGAAUGAGCAGGGUCAGGUUGUGAGGAUAAACUACAACAACGCCACUAGGGAUUCGGUGCUGGACCUUCCGCUUCAUCAGGUUCAGCCCUUCUACAGAGCGCUCAAGGCCUACGUGAACAUCAUGAAGCGACCCGAGAAUGUGGUCACCUACAAGAUGGAGCCAGGCGACGUGGUGACAUUCGACAACUGGCGCCUGCUGCACGGCCGAAAAAGCUACAUCAGUAGGCCGGACAGAGUACGACACCUCGAGGGCGCCUACCUGGACUGGGACGAAGUCAUGUCUCGCCUCCGAAUACUCCGAAACGCCGUCAACUAGGAUGACGCCACCCUGUGAACCCUGUGACCGUCAAGUGGUGAAACUUUAAUCUCUGCAUGGCAUGUGAAUUACAUUUAUGACAGUUGGAGGAGUUCCAGCUUUACUCUCGCCAGUGCAACUAUUUAUGAACUCUGGUUUUAUUGAACAAUUUUAGAAGACAGUCUUUGAAAACAUUUUAAAGUGAAUCAUCUUUCAAGUAGGCUAUAUGGAGAUUUUGGAAAGUCAACUCAUCAGCAGAUGGCUUCAACCUCCAAGCUUGUUUUGCCACAACCCAACAGAUGGGGUUUCUUUCACUCCAAAUAUGACGAAUGCCGGUCCAACCUUACUCCACUCUUUAAUAUUGUUAAAUUACUAAUCACUUUUAAUGUAUACACAAUCUGUUUUUCGAAUCAAAUGUAAUUCAUCGUCUCCUUUUCUUUCCACCAGACUUUUUUUGCAGUACAGCAUAUUAAGCACGUAUCAUUAAUUUGCUCCAACGAGGCUGUUUAUUUUUGGAUGUAAUCCUGUGCCUUUUCUCUUCCAAUGGUCUUAAUUCAGAUGCUGGGGAGCCAAAGUUGUAAAUAAAUGAACAAGUGUUUGUUUCAUUGCACCUACAAUAAAGCAACUUUUCAGCAGAA